UUCAUGAGCUCUCUGGUCGUAGGCUUAGGGUUUUAGAUGUGGAGAGGACCAUCCUCUCUCUUUUGUAGGUAUGUAGCAUCUGAAGCUGCCAGAUUUUCGGUCCAUCAAUCCGAGGGAGCUAUCCAGGAGUUUGACAAGCUGCGUGACAGUGGGGUUGCAGCAAGCACCUACAUUCUCCUUGCUUCGCUCAAAGCGUGUUCCAGCUCCAGGGAUAUACAGGCCGGGAUGAGAAUCCAUGCAUACGUGACGGAGAGUGGGGACGACCGGGAUUUGACUGUAGCCAACACGCUUGUGUAUAUGUACGCCAAGUGCGGGAAAAUGUGGGAGGCUCGAAUGGUGUUUGACAGUAUGGCGCAGCGGUCCUUGGUUUCGUGGAACGCGGUCAUGUUUGGCUACGCCGAGGCUGGAGAUGCUGGACAGCCACUACAUUUACUUCGGCAGAUGCAGGCGGAUGGCUUCCGUCCAAACAGCCUGACUUACAUGGCGGUGCUCAAGGCGUGUGCAGCCUGUGGUGCAGAACAGGGUAAAGAGCCGCCUCAGCUCCUGCUACUUGAGACAGGAAAGGCUAUCCACAGUGAGUGCCGAGAGUGUGGGCACGAAGAAGACCCCAAGGUGGCGAGCACCCUGGUUGACAUGUACGCCAAGUGCAGGAGCAUGGUGGACGCCCGGCGGGUUUUCGACGGGAUGAAGCAUCGGUCGUUGGUGGCGUGGAACUCGCUGCUUUUUGGAUACGCGGACAGUGGACAGGGAGAACUGGCACUCCAGCUGUUCGCCCGGAUGCAAGAUGAAGGCCACACACCAGACGCAAGAAGCUACGUUGCUGCAGUCAAGGCCUGUGGCUGCUGUGCUGAGAAAGAAGAAUGGAGGCAAGUUGGUGGAAGUCUGGUGGUGAAGCUAGCGUGGCUGGACAAGGGCAUGGCUCUGCACUCCCAGGUUUCUCGUUGUGGCGACGAAGGCAACACCAUAGUCGCCAACACCCUGCUGCACAUGUAUGUAAGCUGUGGGAGCCUUGAGGACGCUAGAAAGGUUUUUGACAAGAUGCCACGGCACUCGGUUCUGUCUUGGAAUGGUGUCAUUGCUGGGUGCUGGGACAGGGGUGAUCCUGAGCAAGCGCUCGAGAUGACGGCCUCGAUGCAAGACUACGGCCUCACGCCCAAUGCUGCGACUUACAUUGCCGCAUUGAAGGCUUGCGUGAGGAUUGCGGGCAGGGAUGGCCUUAGCAAGGGGCGAGCCGUGCACGCCCAGGCCAAGGCAGCGGGGCUUGAGGUGGACAGGCGGGUCUCAAGUACGCUUGUCAAUAUGUAUGCCAAGUGCGGGAGCAUGGAUGAUGCGUGCCGGGUGUUCGACGGUAUGAUGUUCCAUGAUGUUGUGUCGUGGAAUGGGUUGAUUCUGGGAUAUGUAGAUGUGGGAGAGGCUGCCAAGGCACUCGAGUGCUAUGCGCGGAUGCAGCAGCAGGGAUCAAGGCCGGAUGCCCUCACUUUUGUGUCCGUUCUCAAAGCCUGUGCCCACCUCUCUCACCUCGAGGCUGGCAAGCGAGUUCACGAGCAUCUGUGUAGUCGGGGAGUGGAACAAGAGUUGACGGUGGCCAACUCUUUGGUUGAUUUCUAUGGCAAGGCCGGAAGCAUGCAUGAGAGCCGUGGCAUCUUCGAGUGCAUGGGAUUGCAGAGGGAUGUAGUGACGUGGAACGCUUUGAUGGCGGGAUAUGCACAGCAAGGGGACGCACAGGAGGUGGUCCGCUUGUUUGAUCGGAUGCAACAGCAGCCAGAUCUGCGGCCCAACAGCAUUACGUUCUUGUGUGUGAUCAAGGCCUGCAGUCAUGCCGGGCUGGUGGACACGGGCAAGCACUGCUUCGAUCUCAUGCAGCUGGGAGCCUGCCUUGUGCCUGGGAUCGAGCAUUACAGCGCCUUACUGGAUCUCUUGGCCCGUGCAAACCGACUAGACGAUGCGCUAGCUUUGCUCACAGGGAUGCCCUGCGCGCCGGAUCAGGCCAUGUGGAUGACGGUCUUGACUGCUGCUCGCAAGUGGAGUAACCUCGAGGUUGCAAGGGUAGCUUUUGAGUCGAUUGCGAGAAUGAGAGAGGAAGACUCCGCUGCAUACGUCGUUUUGGCCAACACGUAUGCGGCAGCUGGCGAUGUCCCGGAUUGAUUCAAGGAAAUGCAUUAUCGGCGUCUCAAGAGCGAAGUACGGCUUCCCGGACAGUAGAACGGCAGAAUUUGGUGUGAUUUCCAGGAGGAACACUGCCACCUCUUGGCCUUUGGUUGGUUCAGAGCCAUGCCAUGGGAGGUGAAGUUGCUGUCGAAUGGUUGUGAACGCCGUGGGAGGAAUGGUGUCGCCCCCCAACCCCCUGGGAGGAACGGCUAUGCCAGCUCUGCUAUGAGGAGGUGGAGAGUGACAACCUUCCUCGACUGUCGAGUACAGUCUGUGUCCGCCUUGCCGUGAGAAUUUUUCUUUGUUUCCGGCCAAGCGGCUGUGGUAUUUGGGUAGUUUCUUGUAUGUCUUGAAGGGUUUUUCCAUCCAUAAUACUGGGUUGUAAAUUGUGUUUUCCAGUA